GGAAAGUGAGCGAAGCCAGGGUCGAAGCGGCGCGUCCUGAGGCAGGUGGGCUACCUGCGGAAGAAGGAAGGCAAACGACUGCAUAGGGAGCGCUUGACUCGGAGACCAAAGGAUCAGCAGUCACAGAAGCAGGCAGCGGCAGAGAAGGAAUGGUGCGGGGAGGCGCCAAGAAGGAGGCGCAGUCCGUCCCUGUCAGGGUUAGUGAAUGAGGCUCUUCGCCCGGGCCGGCCUGGGGACUGUGUGCUGCGGGUCCCAGCAUGAGUGCGGGCCCCGGCUGUGAGCCCUGCACCAAGCGACCCCGCUGGGGCGCUGCUGGAACUUCUCCGCCGGUUGCCUCGGACUCCCGGAGCUUCCCCGGCAGGCAGAGGCGCGUCCUCGACCCCAAGGACGCUCCCGUACAGUUCAGGGUCCCACCGUCCUCGCCAGGCUCCGUCCCGGGGCGGGCGGGACCGCACAGAGGCAGCGCCACCUCGCUUGUUUUCAAACAAAAGACUAUUACCACUUGGAUGGACACUAAAGGACUCAAGACAACUGAAUCAGAAAGUUUGCACAGUAAAGAAAACAACAAUACAAGAAUAGAAUCCAUGAUGAGUUCUGUACAAAAAGAUAACUUUUAUCAACAUAAUGUGGAAAAUGUUUCUCAGUUAAGUGUUAAUAAAUCACCCAUUCAAAAAAGUAAACAAUAUUUGAACCAGCAUCAGACUCCGACUAUGUAUAAGUGGCAAAAUGAAGGGAAACAUAAGGAGCAGGUUUUGGAAAGUGAACCUCCAACAGUAACUCUGGUAUCAGAGCAGUUUAGUAAUGCUAACACCAAUCAGUCACCCCAGACUGAUGAUCACAGUGACACAGAUAGUGAAGAAAGUAGAGAUAAUCAACAGUUUUUGACAGUAAAGCUAGCAAAUGCAAAGCAGACUACAGAAGAUGAGCAGACCAGAGAUGCCACAAGCCACCAGAAGUGCAGCAAGUCUUGCCAUUCUGUGAAAGACUGUGCAGGCUGUCAGCAGGAGGAGAUAGAUGUGGUACCAGAGAGUCCAUUGUCAGAUGUUGGCUCUGAGGACAUUGGAACUGGACCAAAAAAUGACAACAAAUUAAGUAGACAAGAAAGUAGUCUAGGAAAUUCUCCUCCAUUUGAGAAGGAAAGUGAACCUGAGUCACCAAUGGAUGUAGAUAAUUCUAAAAACAGUUGUCAAGACUCAGAAGCAGAUGAAGAGACAAGUCCAGGUUUUGAUGAGCAAGAAGAUGGUUGUUUUUCCCAAACAGCAAAUAAACCUUCAAGGUGCCAAGCAAGAGAAGCCAACAUUGAACUUAAGAAACGAUGUUCGACUAAGGGAGGUGAAAUUAGGUUGCAUUUUCAGUUUGAAGGUGGAGAGAAUCACACUGGGAUGAGUGAUUCAAAUGCUAAACUACCCGGAAAUACCUCUACCCUUAAUAUAGAGUGUAGAAAUUCCAAGCACCAUGGAAAGAAGGAUUCUAAAAUCACAGAUCAUUUCAUGAGAAUGUCCAAAGCAGAGGAUAGAAGAAAAGAACAAUGUGAAGUCAAACAUCAAAGAACAGAAAGGAAGAUCCCUAAAUACGUCCCACCUCACCUUUCUCCAGAUAAGAAGUGGCUUGGAACUCCUAUUGAUGAGAUGAGAAAAAUGCCUCAGUGUGGGAUCCGGCUGCCUCUCUUGAGGCCAUCUGCCAAUCACACAGUAACUAUUCGGGUAGAUCUUUUGCGAGCAGGAGAAGUUCCUAAAGCUUUUCCAACACAUUAUAAAGAUUUGUGGGAUAACAAACAUGUUAAAAUGCCUUGUUCUGAACAAAACUUAUACCCUGUGGAAGAUGAGAAUGGUGAGCGAACUGCAGGGAGCCGGUGGGAGCUCAUUCAGACUGCACUUCUCAACAAAUUCACGCGACCCCAAAACCUGAAGGUAUGUUCUUUUUGCCAAUCUAGUCUCUUAUACAUAUAGCUCUUAGAGAAUUUCCAUCAGACAUUCUUUGAUCAUAAUAGAUUCAGGUAACAGUAUUCUUUGCAUGCAAAGUGUUGCUUCCUGGCACUAAUGAAAGCUCCUUAGAGACCUUCUUGGUUUCCACUCCAUCACUAGGAACUGAGAAGAAUUGAGAGUUGUAAAUGACUUGCCUGGAGCCAUACAGAAUCAUUUGGAGAACUGGGAAUAAGACUACAGUUUCUUGAUUCCCUGUCCAAUUUCCUUUAGUCUGAGCCUCUCUUUUAUUUUUUGUUUUAAGAUUAUCAUGGUUCUGAAGUGUGUUUAAAAGGAAAUCAGGAAAGAAUUAUGACUUCAGCAGUAUUUGCCUAAAGGGAAGCUGAGUUUGCUAAUGAUUAAAGUAUACAUUAAGUAUUCUAUUUUUAUUCCUCUUAAU